UUCGAUACAUGUAAAGUUAGUAGUGAGCUUGCAAAUUCGUGGACGGAGUGUCGUUUGUAACUGUAGCUUUGUGUAUUGAAAAUUCGAACAGAAUGGCAAGAAUAGCAGCCAUAAAACAGUCUUUGGAAAAAGCGUUACACGAUGAAAGCAAAACAUGGGCAAAGUAUCUAGGCAAAGUCGAAAAAAAGACAGGAGUCGAUCGACUUUAUGUUUUUUUAAGUGUUGUUGGAUUUACAGCAUUAUAUUUGGUGUUUGGUAUUGGUCAGCAGUUAGUUUGUAAUAUCUUUGGAUUUAUAUAUCCUGCUUAUUGUUCUAUGAAAGCUUUGGAAAGUCCAAAGAAAGAGGAUGAUACAAAGUGGCUAACCUAUUGGGUGGUUUUUGCAAUUUUUACAAUUGUUGAAUUUUUCGCUGAUUACAUUUUAUGCUGGUUUCCAGUCUACUGGCUUUUUAAGUGUCUCUUUUACAUUUGGCUAAUGGCCCCUAUUGAACGUAAUGGUUCCUUAGUAUUAUACAACUGUAUUAUUAGACCAAACUUUUUAAGAUAUCAUCACAAAGUUGAUGCAUUGAUAUCGUCUGCUCAGGAUGCUGCCGUUAAAGCUGCAGCAAAUGCUUUGCUGACAGAAAAGCAAGAAUAAUAUUUACAAUUUUGAAUUCCUGGAGGCUUAAAAAAUAUGCCUUAAAAAUUUUUACUGUUUUCUCAUCUCGUCCGUUUUUAAUAAAAAGGAAACUACAAUAUA